UCAACUGUCCAAGGUAAAAGAUGGCGGGAACUCUUGGCGCCAUACCACGCACCCUCUCUUUGGCGGGCUAUUUCAUUCCUAAUAAACCCUACCCCUACCGCCAUUAUCGUCAUCCUACGUCUCGUUUUUCUCUAUUCAACUUUUCGUUAAAACCAUCCUUUCUUAGGCCAGUUUCAGCCAUGUCCCACAACAACGGCAGCCCUGAAAUCGAAGGGCCGAUCCCAAAGGUUCAAAAAAUUGACGAUAGAAAUGGAAACUCUGACCAGCCUCUUUUCAGAGUGAAGAAGCUAUCUGAGAAAGCUAUUUUGCCUGCAAGAGGUUCGUCUCUUGCCGCUGGUUACGAUCUUUCAAGUGCAAUUGAUACCAAAGUGCCAGCAAGGGGUAAAGCACUGGUUCCCACAGAUUUAUCCAUAGCUGUACCAGAAGGGACAUAUGCUCGAAUCGCUCCGAGAUCUGGUCUCACAUGGAAGCAUUCAAUUGAUGUUGGGGCUGGUGUGAUUGAUGCCGACUACAGAGGUCCAGUUGGGGUAAUCUUGUUCAACCAUUCUGAUAGUGAUUUUGAAGUGAAAACUGGUGAUAGAAUUGCGCAGUUGAUUAUUGAGAAGAUAAUCACACCUGAAGUCGUUGAGGUUGAUGAUCUUGAUUCAACUGUAAGAGGUGCAGGUGGGUUUGGAUCAACUGGCGUUUAACAAUCUGUACAAGUAAUUAUGAUAUUAAGAACUUUUAUUCAAUUAGGCUCUUAGAUUUAGGAAGUUUACAUGAUUGUUUGCUAUAAAACUGCUUGUGGUUUUUGUGGAACAUUUCGUCGAACAGUUGGUGGGUUGUGAAAA